CAACAAAAAAUCACAAAAAAAUAAAACGAAACGAGAGCAUAUAACAUAAAAACCCAAAACAAAAACGAUCGGCUCAGCAGAGCCAACGAAAAGCAAACAGCAAUAGCAGCAGGAGCAGAGGAUGCACCACUGAUCCCGGAGAGCUCGAGACAUGAGAAGCGGAACACCGAGCAGCCACCAAGCAUCGACUUAUGUAGCGGUCCAUGACGAGUAUUAAGACCGAGAUGCCGCCCCUGCACGCGGCAGAGGCGCUCGCCUCCAGCAGUGCCACCGACAGUGGUGGGGGAGGAGCAGGAGGAGGAGGAGGAGGAGGAGGAUCGGGCGGCCCAGGAGCGGGAGGAUCGGGCGGCGUUGGCAGUGCGCCCGCUACACCCAAUGCCACCAUUAGCGCCGCCGCCGACUCCAGUGAUAAUCAACCCGGCACGCCGCAGCCCACGCAACAGCAGCAGCAGUCGACGCAGCAACAGUUGCAGCAGCCACAAUCGCAACAGCAGCAGCAGGCCAUGGGUGGAGGAGAUCCCCAGCAGCAGCAACAGCAGCAGCAGGUAACGGGCAUAACCCACCAGCCGUACGCCACCCACCACAUGUACUCCGCAUCUGGCGGACAGCAACAGCAGCAGAUCUACGGCGGACUCUACGGCGGGGACAUGCAGCAGCAGCAGGGCUACGCCAGCAGCUACAUCAACAGCUACGAGCAGUUCUACCAGCAGCAACAGCAGCAGCAGCAGGGCACUGAUUACGCCUUCGGCGCCGUUGGCGUUGACUACGGCAAGAGCGCCGGUGUGCGCUAUCAUCCCUACCUGCAGACGCCAACCUCCGGACUGGGCGGCAUUCCAACGGCCAGCGGGGCACAGGAGGAGCCGGGCAGUGCGCCCAGCGCGGUCAGCACCACCACAGCGGUGGCCAUGAGUCCGCGUGUGGUUAGCAGCAGCAGUCCAACGUCGACCUCAUCACACCUGCAGCUGGGCAGCUCCAGUGGCCAGACACCAGGCUCACCAGGCGGAGCCGCCGGAAGUGCCGGAUGCAAGUUGCAGUGCAAGAAGUGCGGCAUCCUCACUACCAACGAGUCGGAGCUACAGGAGCACAUCGCCAACGUGCACGGGGAGUCGCCGUACGGCAGCAGCGGCUACGCCAGUUCGCCGUACAUCAAGGAGGAGAUGCCCACGCCACAGCCACCCGGCGUUGGAUCCGCAGCGGCCAAUCCCGGCGAGUUACUCGACCUAGAUUCCCAGAAGAUGGUCUAUCACCAGCAGCUGCUCCAGCAGCAGCAGCAGCAACAACAGCAGCACGACGUGGUCGCUGGACUGCCGCUGGGCGCUCUGCCGGAUCCGCUGCACUCGAUGCAGUCCAUGCAGCAGCGCGCACUCCACAGCUGGGAGCAGCAGCCACAGCAGACGGUGGCCUCCGUGGAGGGCCUGCCACCCUACAUGCAGCAGGGAUUGGGCGUGGGGCUGGGAGUAGGCGUGGACAAGUCGCCCUACUACUCCCCAAAGCAGUCACCCUAUCAUCAGUCAACCGGCGUUGGCGGAGCCACGCUGAUCAAGCAGGAGUACGGCGGCCACGGACUGACCAAGUCCGAGUAUCCCGAUUCGCAGCAUUACGUGGACAAGUCCUUCGAUCCCACAGCUGGCGGAGCCGGUGGCGCGGAACUGUGCGCCAGCGUGGCCACCAGUCCGGCGGAGUUCCCCAGCACCACUACGGGCGGACCCGGGCAGGAGGGCGCGGCGGGUGCGGCGCCAGGAGGUGGAUACCGCGGUUUCGAGCCACCCAGCUCGAGCUCCGUGCUGCCGGCCAACAGCCUGACGGCCAAGGCGGCCACCUGGAAGUCGAACGAGGCGCGCCGUCCGAAAACGUACAACUGCACGGCCUGCAACAAGUGGUUCACCAGCUCGGGCCAUCUGAAGCGGCACUACAAUACGACGCUGCACAAGAACGCGGUUAAGUCGAGCGGUCAGCCGGAUCCAGCCACCCUGCCCAUCUCGGCGCACCACCAUCCCGCCCGCGACCCGGUGACGAAGCCCAGUCGCAGGGGCAAUGCCGCAGCCGCUGCGGCCGCCGCUGCAGCUGCCGCCUCGGCCAGCGGUCAGGGUCAGCAGCAACAGCCGCCGAUAGCGCCGCCGCCGGCCAAUGUGCCACCCCCGGAGCCGCCCAGAAGUCCGCCCGAUUAUGGCGGAGGAGGCGGCUUGGGCGUGGGAGCGAUGGGCGGCGCUGCCAUGUCCCAGUACUCGGCCUCACCCUCGCCCACGCAGCAGCAGCAGCACCACCUCAACCACCAUCAGCAGCAGGCCAACGGCUAUGCUAAUGGCACCGCCAACGGCUAUGGCUACAUGCAGCAACAAGUGCAAUCCACGACAAACGCUUCACCACAGCACGCUUCCAACAACAACAGCAACAACCAGCAGCAGCAACAACAGCAGCAGCACCAUCAGCAGCAGAUGCCGCAGCACCACAACUCCGUUUUAAACGGUCACCCAAACGGGCUAGCAGGUCCCUCCGCCCCACACAACAACAACACCACCCAAAUGCCGUCCUCCCAAAUGAGGGGCCUGCUGAACGAAACAACAACCACGCCGCCACCAACAACAACAACCCGAGCACCACAAAUCACAACAACAGCAAUAACAACAACAACGGCGGCCACCACGGUAGCUAUAAAGAGCGAGCAAAUGGAGGACAGCAACCACACUCACACCCACACACACACGCAUCCCAAUCACAGUCACAGCCAGGACAGGAGCCACAGCAGCAGCAGCAGCAGCUCAAUGGCCACGGAGGAGGCGGAGGAGCAGGAGCUGCGGGAUCAGGAGCAGGCGGACGAUCACCUGCAUCAGCAUCAACAGGCGUCGCAGCAGUAUCUGCUGGCGGCGCGCCACUACCACAGCAGCACGCCCAACACGCUCAGCAGCAGCAACACCAAUCCCAGCACGCCCAGCAGCAACUCGCCCCAUACUAUCUACCGGCAGGAGCAGCAGGGAACGGAUUUCUCGCGCACCACCCCGCCGCCGCAGCCGCUGCCGCCUAUGGGAAUGCUGCCGCCUAUGGCAAUGGACUACAACAUGCUGGCUUUGGAUAUGCCCAUGCCCAUGCCCACGCUCAUGCACAGCAAUAUGCUGCAGUGCAGCAGCACCAGCACCACGCCGCUAGCUACUACCAUCACCACCAGUAUGCCGGACACUAUGCAGCCGCCGCAGCAGCAGCUGGUGCACCACUACCAGGCGGUGCUCCACCCGCUCCAUCAGCAGCUGGGGGAGCAGGACCAGCGCCAGGAGGCGGAUCAUCAUCAGCAGCAGCGGGAGCUUCACCAACUGGAUCAGCAGCAGCAGCAGGCGUUAAUCCUGGCGGACAGUUUGCCGCACAGCAGCAGUUCGCCCACCAGCAGCUCCCCACCGCCCACCAUGCCCAUGCCGCUCACCACCAUCACAGCGCCGCAGCUGCUGCCGCUGCAGCCGCCGCCGCCGCACAUCACCAGCACCAUGCCCAUGCCGCCCACCAUGCACAUGCCCAUCAUGCCGCCGCCGCCGCAAUGCUACCAGCAGCUGCAGCCGCUGGACCCCACAAUGAGCUAUCACACUAUUAUUGGUAGUGGCCCGGAGGCGCAUGCCGGAGCGGCCGGCGGGGGCUACAGCAACCAGAUCACCACCAGCGAUGGCCAGAUCCUGCAGCUGAUGCCAACAUCCCUGUUCGCGCCCUAUGCCCCGCUCUCGCCGUACUCGGUGGCCGCCCAGCGGUCGCCGCAGGAGGGCGACCUGCCGCCGGUCCACACGCUGACCACGGCCCUGCAUGCCCAUCAGCAGGGCGGGCAGCAGGAGGCGCAGACGCCAACGCUGACCGUGCUUUCCACGCCCUACUCGCCCACAGUGAGCAGCUCGCGGGCGACUCCCGCGCUGGAGAUGGACAUGGCCACGCUGAUGCAGCACCAGCAGGACUAUGAGAUGGAGCAGUACCAGAUGCAGCACCAGCAGUUGGAGCAGCUGCAGCAGCACCAGCAGCAGCUGGACCACCAGCAGCAGCAACAGAUCCUGGCGGAUCAGACCCAGUCGAUGGUCCAGCAGCCGCUGGCCAAGAAGCGGCGUGGCGGCAACGCAACACCAUCGACGACGAAGCGACGGCGGAACAGCAGCGUCGGAUCGACGUCGCCGCACUCGACCACCCUGCCCUCGGGACGGAUCAAGUGUCUGGAGUGCGACAAGGAGUUCACCAAGAACUGCUACCUCACGCAGCACAACAAGAGCUUCCACUCCGCAUCCAGGAGGCAGAGCAAAUCGCAUCCAUCUAUGUACCCAGCGAACGCCCAGCGACGGAUCAAAAUUUAAGCGAAUUGAAUUAUUUCGGACAAGCCGCGAACUCGGCGCUUUGGCAAGGACACCAAGGAAGGAAGGAUACCCGUAAAUUUGAGCGGUGUAUGAUGGACUAACCACAUGCACUCCAAGCAAACCAACCAACCAACCCCUCUCGAUCAUCAUCAUCAUCAACUGCACAAAGGAUUCCAGGAUCUAUAGAUCUACAUGAACGUUUUUUGUUUGAUUGUUUUUGUAUUCUUAGUGCAAUCAACUAGUUUCUGGUCGAGAGAAAGACGAACCCAAGAAGCCCCACGAACGAAAUCGAAUCUCCUUAGCGUAAAUUUAGCAUAUGUAACUCUUUGUGUAUCCAAGGAUCUAAGUAGCCAGCCAAAUAGCUGCACCAAUCCGGGCAUUAUCUCGCGUACUUUUAGCCCACUCACCCAACGCUCCUAGCCACAAAUCCACACACAAAUGCAAUUGCAACCAUUAAACUGUACAUACAAAGGAUCAAGGACUAAAACUUAGAUGGGCAGGAUUGAGAAGAUGCAGCAGAAGAACAUUGUCUCCUAUAUCAACAUUGUGCAUAUCAUUUAUUGGGCAAACGACAAAAAAAAGAAACAAUAAUUAAACUUAAAUAGCAAAAGGUUAAAAGCAGCAGGGGCAAUACUUUUAGUUGAAAUUGAUUUGAGUUGAAUUGAAUUGAAUCGAAGUGAAUUGGCUCGCCUUGCGAAACGCAUUUCAUCCGUCAGUUGGGAGUGUCUACUGUGCAAUAUAAAACUAACAGAUGUAUUCUUUUUUUUUUUUUUUGUAUCGAAAUGUUAAGGACAAAAACUAGCGAUAGCAAAGAACCACAAAGGAUUACCUCGGCAGAACCGCUCAGAAAGUAAUAGAAAUCUACCUCGUUAGCAAUAAAACAAUGAUCGAUUGAAGAUCGGAUCGGCAGGAAUUUUUUAGUUUUAGUUAUAGUUUUAGUUUGAGAAGGCGAACGAAUCGAAGAAAAUGUCAACUAAUUAUACGUAAAGCUAAAACAAAUAACUUUAAAUGUAAUUGUUUAUAUGCUAUUUAUACACACACCUAUACAAUAUGUAUGUAUAUCCUGUACGAAGGAUACUUCUAGGCUUAAUGGCAUUCGCUCGCCGCCCUGCCACGCCCCCUGCGCCACCCAUCCCCCCCCCCCUCGAGUUGCGCGGCAUUGUCAUCAGUUUAAAUUUGAAUCUUUACAGUUUGGCCAGCUACCGUGAAUUUGUUGCUCAUAUGACAAACGCAACGGACACGCCCCCCGGGGGGCGGUGGCGCAAGGUGGGCGGGCGGUGACCACACCCACAACCACAUUUAUACCCUGCCCCAAUCAUCUCAACAACGAAAAUCCCAUUGAGAACUAGAGAGUGGCAGCGAAGCAAGUGAUUUCGAUGGUCCUGCAAGCAAUUAUAAUUAUGAUGCAACAAUUGGAGCUUGUCCGCUCUAUUUACAUACAUAGAUAUAUGUAUGUACAUAUAUACAUACCAUAAAUAUGUACAUGCAUGCUACUGAAAAGGAUUCAUCAGAAUACGGUCGAUUGAAAGAGUAUCCUUGCAGGACUAUUACAUUUUUCGGAACACCGAAUCUAUCUUAUUCCACCCCUCGUUUGUGUUUGCAACUACAUAUGUGCAAACUUUAGAUCUAUUUUAUUUUUUUUUCUUGAUGCAGAACACCUAAGCAAUACUUGAUGCAGGCGAAAACCCCUUUGGUUCUGAUUAUGACCCUUGACCCUUUCGGUCUGAGCCAAAUGCAAUUUCUUCAGGGAAAAACCGAAGCGAGAGAAAGUAAACAUAUUUAAAUUAUGUAGCAACUACAUGUUAAAUUUUAGCAAUUAAUUAUUGAACAAAAGGGAGCACAAAAAAAAACCGUAACAAAAGCAACCUACAAAUUAUACACACACACACACAUACGAAUAUGAUGAUCGGGUAUAUGUAUAUUUAAAGGAUAAAAGAAAAGAAUUUCCCACAUGUGAGUGUCGUAGUAAUGCCAAAAUAAAAAAAGAAGGAAAAACACUUUAAUUAUAUUCAAUAAUUCGACAAGGAACCGUGUACCUCUACUAACGCUCCACCAAAAAUAGGAAAAGCACACAGAUAAUGGUUUAAAAAUAUCGAAAUCAUUGUCGAUUGCAAACAAUGAUUUUGGGUAUAUGUUGUGUGUGUGCGUGCAUUGGUAUUUGUACAUUUUUACAGACUUACUAUAUGGCCACAAAAACAAAACCGAACAAGAAACAAGUAACCUCAAGAGAACCCAUCUCGUAUCAGGAAUUUUAACAAAGAUUUUAUAUUAUAAAAGUUAGGAAAACUCAGUGUUGAAAAGUCAGUCUAAAUAUAUAUAUAUAUAUAUAUAUAUGAAUAUGUAUAUGUAUGUGUGUUCUUUAAUAAGCACAUCUCAAUGUACCCAAAAUGAAUUUAUAUAAAUUUUCACCCGUUAUGCAUCCCUAAAAUACACCUGUACAUACAUCUAUGUGUACAUCCAUGUAAACGAAGGGGUCCCCUCCCCUACGCCUCACCACCCCCCUCACAUUGAAAAUUGUCAAGCCAAAAAAAAAGAAACCAAAAGGUAUUUAAAGCAAAGUAAUGCAAAACUUUCACACGACACACGAAAAAUGAAUUUUUUUGAACCGAAAUAAAGAAUGUAAACUACA